CGCGGCGCGGACAACGUCGCCGCGUGGCUCGGCCGGUGCGUCGACUACGUCUAUGGUUUGCUGUUCUACCCCCCCUUCGCUGACCACUUCGCCCGCGUCAUCGACUACAAGGGAGGUUCGCGAGAGCGCCUUCGUCGGCGCGAGGCGGAGGAUAUUUGCGUGGCUGGCUACUAUGGCAGCGCUAUCUCUCGUGGGCGUCUACGUCAAGAGCGGCUCGGCGCACUGCCCGCUCCGACGAGCGAGAUCGUGAAGCUGCUGGUGAAGCUCUCCAAGCAGCGCUAUGACAUGCUCAACUGGCGUCCCGAUCCGUCCCGCGUGCCGAUCGACUUGCGCGACCGCUUCUUGUCUUGGGGAGGGCGCGGUGGCUCUGAGAUGCGGGGCAGAGACAUGAUAAGGGUCCCCGCGCCGAACGCUCAGAUCGCCAACCGGGUCGCCGCGCGAGGCUUCACCGUCGACGACCUGGAGCUGGACCCGAACUCGUCACAGGGCGCUUGCCCGCCCAACGAGACUGAGGUGCACCAGCAGCCUGGCACGCAUGCGGGCGACUACCCGUUCCCGACAGAUUCUGACUCGGCGACCAUGGAAGAAAUGCAAGCCGGAAAUGUUCAAGCGCUGCCGCCGCCUGCCAUUUGUGAG